AUGGUGCGCGUUGUAGAUCUUUCUUUGUUCUCUGCAGAACGUCUGGCACACCCUGUUGGGCUUGCUGACGCGCUUCGUCACCUCGAGCUGUUGUUAGUAGUCUCCAACACGGAUGACGCUGUGGCACAGAUCGUCCGUGAGUUAUCGUCUGUCCCGGGCCUCUUUGGUUUCCUUAUUUCGGCUUGGCCCAACUCGAAAAAGCUGGUCGACCGUAUUUUUAGCGCCUUUCCGAAGGAACCAGCGCUUAUACCGCAGUCCUUCGUCAAGGAUCUAUUGUUCAAGAUAUCCCAUACUUUGUUCUCUAUUCCUCCCGACCUCCUGUCUACUGAUCUGUCCAAAAACAUUGGCCAGUUCAGGCAAUACGUGGACAAUGUUUUGCCUGUCCUGGCCAUGUUGUGCUGUGCGGAUUUUGCCAGCGAAACUUCUGUCACAGAAGAGCAUGCUGAGUUAAUAGACGACAUCCCGUUCUUCAAGCAGAAAGUAAAGAAACAGCGACGGAGGGUCAAGCAAACAGCUGCGGCUGUUGAUCCUGCCCUGUUUUUCAAACUUGGGGUUCCUGUGCCCACUACGAAUGAAGCAGCGAGACGAAUGGCCAACGACAUCGCGGAGAGGUUAAAAUUGGUCUUAGACUCCUAUCUGAGUGCACUCUCAAGCCCUGAACUUGCGAUGCCCCUGAAGAACGCCUAUGUUCAACUUUUAUCUGAUCACAGUUCCAGCGAGCGUCCUCGAACUGUAGUGAAGCCAUCCACCUCCGUUGUCGUGGAAACUCAGCCGUCAGCGUACCCAACGGUUCAGCCAAUGAAGGCUGCCUUGUACUUCGAUAAUGCAGACGGUUUCGGGGAAUGGAGAAUUCUGAUCGGGACGAAUGUGACGAAGAAACUGAGAGAAUUCCGCGAAAACGACCGACAAAAGUUCAAGAUUGUAGUCAAGAAAAUCAAGGAGCUCUCCCAUGGACGGUUUUCAGAUGAUAACCAGAAGAGAUUGGAUGGAGCCCGCUCCGGCGUGCCUAUUUUCGAGGCAAAGAUACAACAAGACUUGAGGAUUGUGUAUCAAAUCGAUUGUGUUUCGGACCAUGAGGGUGAAAUCGAACGACAAGGUAGUCCUUACAUACACCCACCCGUCCAUCCCGGAGAUAAUGUGUUCUUGCCUGCUGUAUUCCCACCCGAGGUACACGAUGUAGUCGUCAAGCCUCCACCGUUGGUCCUCGGAGACAAAGAAAUGGACCAACUGCACUCGCUCCUUGUCCUUGAAAAAUACAUCACCUUCUCCCAGGCCCUGAUCAACGGUAUAAUUGCGAGGAAGAACGUCCAGCAUGUAUUUGAGCUUACGAACGCAAGAUCGUCGAUUGUACUACAUCGUGUUAUGUUUUGGGUCGAAGUGGCACGGGGUGAGCCGAUUCUUAUGACCGAGAUCGAUGGAAUGCUCAUUAUUCGAAGGAAAACGAUAACCAUGUUGUUUAAGAUGCUGGGGAUUCAGAGGGCAUGGCAGCUUCAAUCUGAAGGCUCUGGCAUGCCCCGGCCAAGGCAGAUAUUUGUUACGAAGUCGCCGGUCCUCGCAAACAAGGUAGAGGAGUAUUUCGUUAAACUCCUGGAAUCCCUCUCCCUGGCAGGAUAUACGCUGGAAGAACUGGCAAGACUGCAGCCAAGCAACAUGGAUCUGGAAAUGGUUGAUCCUGACGAUGUCCCGGACACGCAAAAUGGCAUUCCACAAAGAUAUAGUGAACUCGAGGACCACCACUUCCCUUUAUUCUUAACAUUUGACCGGUUGGCGAGGAUGAUUGCAGCGGAUAUCUUGGAGGCAGAUCAUCCAGAGGCUAAACACUAUGACACUUUUGCCAACACGUAUUGGCCACACUUCCCUCAGCCGCUUACGAAGGGUCUUGAUCCAUGGUUGGUGUUUGGGGAGAUUGUGGGCAUCAUCAAAGGCUCAGAAAAGUCACUUGGAUUCGAUGACGGGAUAUUGGAUAAGAAAACUUACUGUGGCCUCCCAUCACGCUCAAACCCGACCUUCUCCGGUCAAAGAGAACUUGUCUAUGCUGUAUUUGAAGCCUACUCCAAGCUGAAACGUCAGCGCCAACAUCAUGAUGUUGCAGACAGGACACAUGCUGUUCUUAAGACUCUACUGGGUGCUACAUCGCUCAAAGGGCGCCAAGUAGACUAUCUUUAUGUGGACGAAGCUCAGGACAAUCUGCUCAUAGAUGCUCUUCUUUUGAGACUUAUAUGUUGCAAUCCGGAAGGCCUGUUCUGGGCAGGCGAUACUGCUCAGACCAUCUCUGCAAGCAGUUCGUUUAGGUUUGAUGAUUUGAAAGCAUUUCUACACCGUAUCGAGGUGGGUGGUCUUAAUUCUGUAACAUCCACCAAGCUAAACGAGAUUCAGGUGGACCAAACCUCACAUAUGGUGAGGGAGCGGCGAAUUGCUCCACCGAUGUCAUUCCAGCUUGCGAUAAACUACCGGUCCCAUGGCGGCAUAGUGAACUGCGCACAUUCAGUGAUCGAGUUGAUUUCUCGCUUCUGGCCGAACAGUAUUGAUUCCCUCCAGCCUGAACAUGGCAUCGUCGACGGCUUGAAACCGGUGUUCUUCACGGGAUGGGACAAGGAUGCUAUCGGUUACGAACAAUUCCUCUUCGGUGCCCCUGGCAGUCACAUUGAAUUCGGCGCACAGCAGUGUGAGUUGAUCUUUCUAGCAUCAUUUACCAUUCUUUACGCAAAGGUUACAGGCAUUCUGGUACGAAAUGAAAAAGCUCGGGAAAAGCUCCGACAGCAAGUGGGUGAUAUUGGACUUAUCAUGACACUUUAUGAGAGCAAAGGGCUGGAGUUCAAUGAUGUGCUCCUUUACAACUUCUUUGAGGACUCAAACGUGGAUCUAUCUCGCUGGCGUCUGGUGCUGGCCGCCAUAAACAGUGGGUUUGAUGGCCACAGUCCGUGCCGGCCACAAGCGCCAUGUUUCGAAAGGAACGAAAGCAGAUACGCAGGGGUAUGCGGUGAGUUGAAACUCUUAUACGUGGGGAUUACAAGAGCACGUAAGAAUAUGUGGAUUGCCGACAAGUCUGACAAGGCCGAGCCUAUGAGAAUAUUCUGGACGUCUCUCUCUUCGACUCCUGAAGAAUGGGCAGAAUCAGGUCUCUGGUUAUUCCAUCACAGGCGAUACACGCAAGCGAUGCAUUGCUUUGGCCGUGCCGAAAUGCCCCGUGAAGUGAGGAUUGCUGAAGCAUACCAUUUCCGAGAGCUUGCUCGCGCAACCGUGGGGGUGGCGCUAGCCAGCGAGCAGCGGCAGGCGUUCGCCAAGGCUGCAGACGCAUUUGACAAAUGUGGCAGUGAGACACCUGGUAGGCUGAAGCUGCGGUACUACCAUACAGCUGCGGAGUGCUACGUUCGUGCGGCUGACGACCGUAAGGCGGCGGAUGCAUACCUGAAUGCUGAGGCGUACGAACUAGCAGCCAAACGCUACCGCAAGGCCGGCAUAUUCGACAAGACAGUUGAUGUUCUCAAAUCCUACUCGAAAAAGAUGUCUCCUGAUUGUGCAGACGAGUUACUCAAAGUAUGUCGGUUGUACUACUGUAGCAAGGAUGACGAGAAACCGCCGUCGUCUCUUUUUUCCUCCUUUGAAGAAGAGUUAGACUUCCUUGAGACCUAUGGCCUCGAUGUGGCACUUGUGGUUCUCUACGAGUCCCAUGGAAAAUACGUCGAAGCUGCAGAACUGCAUUUGAGUGAAGAUGAACCAUUGGAUGCGAUCGGAGUACUUCUCAAGGACAAAACCAACCAGCAUGCCAUGAGGCGCGCAGCGGACAUAUUACUGGACUGUUUGUGGAAACAUUGCUCAUUCGGAGUGUCGCCAAAGGAGUUCCAUGCUGGGAUACCGAAGACCCUUAUCUCCUUCAGUCAUCAGCUUCCCUUGAACCUUUUGUCGCCUCGAGCCCGUGAUGAAAUCAAGAUGUUCCAAACUGCUGCUGCAGAAGAACCUGACCGUGUAGCGCUGGAAACGUUGGCAGAAUCCUUCAUCGAGCAGAAAGACAACGCUGCAGCUCUUUGGUGUCUCAAUCACGUUUUUUCGUGCCUACUCUCCGGUGGAGGAGUUGGUGAAGUUGGAGGACUUCGCCCUAAUUCCUCCGAAAAUUCUACACGACGCGGUCUCAGAAAGUUGUUUGCAAUAACUCAGCUUUCGGACGAUCAAUACGAUGUACAAGCGGGCUCCUUCAUUUUGGCCACCCCAAGCACGGUGUCUACUAGCAAUGACGAGCAAACAAAUGGAUCGCAAUACACUCACGGGCAAGUCACCAAUGCGUUGAAAGAUCGCGUACGCUCCUACCUUCGCCACCAAGUCGAUACCGAGACUCGACUUUGCUAUAGCGCGAAGAUCUUUUCUCAGUGCCUCCUUUACAGUGUCAUUGGCUCCUGCAAAUAUGGAAAGUGCAAGCAACAGCAUGUCUCACUUUCCUCUCUGGACUCCACACAAUACAAUGCACGUGUUGGAAUUCAUCUGCAGCAAAUUCGUAUAUUGCAACUUGUAUAUUCCGCAUUUCCCGAGAUGCGGGAGCAGAAUUCCGUAAAAGGGGAGAUUGCCGACUGGAUAGCCCACUUAUACGAGGCAUUCUUCCCACCUUUCCGUGCACAAGGGUCUCUUGCGGAUCUCAAGUGGUCAAGCAUCCAAGGAGCUUCUGACGGCAUCCGUGUUGUGAGACAUUGGGUUCGCGAUGCUAUUUAUGCUCUAGAACCUCGAUAUUCUGCCGACUUCCUUACCGACAUACUAAGGCUGAUUAAGCUCAGCUCGGUAUUUGGUGAAAGUGACGCUUUGCAGAACGCUAAUUGCGUGCGGCGAUACCGCCCCAAGGCAUUCUUCCGCUAUCCAGGUCGUUACAUUGUGGAAGACAUGAUUGAGUCCAACCAAUCUGCUACCGAAGCAAGCAUUUUUGUGGGCAUCCUUGGGCUUCGCCACGCUAUUCGCACUAACAUUCAAGUGAACUUGUCUGUCCUUUGUGACUGCAUCGAGGAAGUGUUCAGUGCUUACGUGAUAACUCUUCGUCUCAAAACUAACCCCGGUGCGGGCUCGCUGCACGACGUCGUUCUACCUCGGAGUUGGUUAGUCCGGAACAACAAACUCGAUGCACGUAAAGAUGUCACGAACAUCAAUCACUUCUUGAACGAUAUACAGUACCUCUUGGAAAAGCUACGGUCUGACAGUACAGAAGAACAUCUCUGGUUGUUGCACACGAACGUUACGCCUGUUCACCGAAGUAUAUUCAUCGCACGGAUAAUGUUGUGUCUUGCUUCUUAUAACUGCCCUCCUCUUUCGGUCGACCUAAAAGGGAGGAUUUCAAGCAUCAUGAACAGAUUGAGAUCAAACGACCCUGCUCGCCCCACACCAUAUAUCUACCGGCACUAUGCACAAACAGCACGCGACGAUUAUCUACACGUAAUAGUUGCCUACGAUGAGAAUCAUGCUAUACCGAAUCUCGUUCAUCUUCGUUGCAAGGGCCAUGCAACGAGCCUUGAGACUAGCCGCCUCGCGACGCGAUCGCCGUCUCCCCUGAUUGUCGCACGCUCCCAACUCCGUGUGGAAGCACCGGUUUUCGUGCCUCGGGCCGGAAUUUCACUCCAAACAAAACCAGCUGAGGACCACGUUGAUCUAUGUCUCGAGAUUGACUCUGCACAACUCGACAAGCCUGUAGGAGAUGAGGAAGAGUCUGCAGCCGGCUUAAUACAACGUGUCUACCGUCUGCACCGUGAGAAACAGAGGCGGCUGCUGGAGAGACCUACACUCGAGGCAGAGAGAUCUGCCAUAUAUGCCACUUGUCUAAAACACGCUCAAGAUACCGGAGUUGCGCCAGGGUUUUAUCGCCUCCUGUACUUGGGACCCUUACCUCAUUUGCUUCUGGCCCUCAGAAAGGGAAUCACCAUGGCUACGUUCGUUAGAAACACGACAAAAAUUCCUGGACUAUUAUUGAAAGAAGGUCACGAACGCCUGGAAGAACUCGGACGUAAUAGGAGUGAAAUAUCGUCGACCCUUAAACAAGGGCACGAGCUGCUGAAGAAGUUGAGUCCUGACUCGCAGUUCCAUAAGAACCGUGACAUCGGCGCUCUAAAGGACGCAGUGCUACAAGUCAAAGAAUUUCUGCACAGAAUCCCAGGCGGUGCGAGGGGGUCGCCGGAAGAACUGAACAUCGCAUACAAAGCAAUUGUCGCAGAGAAGCACGUUCCAAAGGAGAAACCAUCCCUCAAUGUCGAGGAUCUCGAUCCAUAG